CCGAGUGGGGGGGGCGUUCAGCUGAUGGUGCGACUGUCCUUGAGAUAUGACUGCCCGAGAGUUUUCCAUCUUUAUUCCCGGAAUAGUCAAAGGCUUCAUCGCGUUUUUCUGACAAGAUGUUGGGAUUAUUUGUCAGAGCUUUGCCGAGGCCAGGCACUACAAAUCCAUGCCGCAUGCUCAGACCAGUAACGCAGAUCCCAGAGCGUUCCUUUGCUCAUCAAGAGGGUCUGCCUAAGCUGCCCGUUCCACCCUUGAGGCAAACUUGUGAACGCUACCUAGCCACACUGGAGCCCAUUGUCAGCAAAGAAGAGCUGGAACACACCCGCCAGCUGGUGCAGGAGUUCCUGAAAGGUGGAGUGGGAGAAAGGCUCCAGAAAGGGCUGGAGAGACGGGCACGAAAGACGGAUAACUGGCUGUCAGAGUGGUGGGUGCAGUCGGCAUAUCUGGACUCCAGAAUGCCGGUGGCGGUCUACACCAGCCCUGGGGUGGUGCUGCCUCGGAUGCAUUUUGAAGAUCGGCAAGGGCAGAUGAGGUUUGCUGCCAAACUAAUAGCAGGAGUUUUGGACUUUAAAAAACUGAUUGACUCUGAAAACCUUCCUGUUGAGUACUUGAGUGGGAAGCCGCUGUGCAUGGACCAGUAUUACAAGAUUCUGUGCUCCUGCCGUAUUCCUGGACCAAAGAGAGACACUGUAGUGCAUUACACACACGGGAAGAUGGCUCCUACUCACAUCACGGUGGUCCACAACUUUCAGUUCUUUGUCUUGGAUGUCUAUAACAGCGACGGCACCCCGCUGACGGUAGACCAGAUUUACAUGCAGCUGGAGAAGGUCUUGAAUUCUUCUCUGCAAGCUAAUAAGGAACCAAUUGGCAUCCUUACAUCACAGCACCGCAACACCUGGGGAAAAGCCUACAGCAACUUGAUCAAGGACAAAACAAAUAAGGAAUCAGUCCGUGCCAUCCAGAAGAGUAUCUUUACAGUCUGUUUAGAUGCUCCGAUGCCUCGGGUGUCAGAUGAGCUGUACUUGAGUCGCGUUGCUGCCCAGAUGCUACAUGGAGGAGGAGCACGGUGGAACAGUGGCAACCGCUGGUUUGAUAAGACCUUGCAGUUCAUUGUUGGUGAGGAUGGUACAUGUGGACUGGUGUAUGAGCAUGCACCUGCUGAGGGUCCACCCAUUGUGUUUCUCAUCGAUUACGUAGUUAAAUACAUGAGGAAUAUAGAAAUGCUUCGCUCUCCCAUGGUUCCUUUGGCCAUGCCUCAGAAACUGAGAUUCAACAUCACAUCUGAAAUCAAGAGAGACAUCGAAAAAGCCAAACAAAACAUGAACAUAAUGGUGCAUGACCUGGAUGUGAAGGUGCUGAUGUUUUCUCAUUUUGGGAAAAACUUGCCAAAGCAACACAGUUUGAGUCCAGAUGCCUUUGUGCAAAUGGCUCUACAACUUGCCUACUUCAGGAUGUAUAAUAUUUGCUGCUCCACUUAUGAGAGUGCCUCACUGAGAAUGUUUAAAUACGGGAGAACAGAUGCAAUCCGUUCCACUACUGUAGACUCUCUCGGCUUUGUCCAGGCAAUGCAAGAUCCAACCAAGCAGAACACUGAGAGGCUGGCUCUGCUGCAAAAGGCGGUUCAGACACAUAAAGAAAACACUUACAAUGCGAUUCAUGGACAGGCCAUAGACAGACAUCUGCUUGGGCUGAGGAUGCAGAGCAUUGUGGACCUGACCUCCAUGCCUGGGAUAUUCAUGGAUACUUCCUAUGCAGUAGCUCAUCAUUUUAAUCUCUCCACGAGCCAGGUUGGCUCCAAGACAGACUGCGUCAUGUGCUUCGGUCCAAUGGUGCCAGAUGGCUACGGAGUGUGUUACAAUCCCAUGGAUGAGCAUAUCAACAUUGCCAUCACUGCCUUCAACAGCUGUGAGGAGACAAACGCUGCCAGCUUUGCCCAGGCUGUGGAGGACGCACUGUUGGACAUGAGAGCUCUCCUGGAAGACACGGCCAGGACCAGACAGUGAUCCCACACAUGAGCCCGGUCGCGUCUGGAGGUCGAAACUGAAUCAAGUUGUUGCCAGCGAAGUUGGCAGAAUGCCACACUGGCAAAGAUGCAAAGUGUUCUAAGUGGAAACCUGUUACUGCACAGUUUGGUGGAAAUGCACAAUGUGUGAAUGUCAAAGCACUGUUUAUAAGAGGAGAAAAUAUCUAUAGUUAAAAAUAAAUAUUUAAGAUUAUUGUAAAAUAA